AUGGCGGCGGCGGCCCCGGGGGCGGCUCCCCCCCAGUCUCUGGACCUGCAGAAACCCAUCGACAAGCGCAUUUACAAGGGGACGCAGCCGACGUGUCACGACUUCAACCAGUUCACGGCCGCCCCCGACACCAUCGCCCUCCUGGUGGGCUUCUCCGCCGGGCAGGUCCAGUGCCUCGACCUCGUUAAGAAGGACGCCAGCAAGCUCUUUAACGAGGAGCGCCUGAUCGACAAGACCAAGGUGACCUUCGUCAAGUGGCUGCCGGAGACGGAGCGGCUCUUCCUGGCGUCCCACGCCAGCGGCCACCUCUACCUGUACGAUGCUGAGCAGCCCUGCGGGGGGGCCGCCCCCCAGUACAACCUCCUGACGCGGGGGGAGGGCUUCAGCGUCUUCGCCUGCAAGAGCAAGACCCCCCGCAACCCCCUCCUCAAGUGGGCGGUGGGCGAGGGGGCCCUCAACGAGUUCGCCUUCUCCCCCGACGGCCGCUCGCUGGCCUGCGUCAGCCAGGACGGCUGCCUGCGCGUCUUCCACUUCGACUCCAUGCUGCUGCAGGGGAUGAUGAAGAGCUAUUUCGGGGGGCUGCUCUGCGUCUGCUGGAGCCCCGACGGCCGUUACGUGGUGACGGGGGGCGAGGACGACCUGGUGACCGUCUGGUCCUUCGCCGAGGGGCGGGUGGUGGCCCGCGGUCACGGCCACAAGUCUUGGGUCAACGCCGUGGCUUUCGAUCCCUUCGCCAGCGGGGCGCAGAGCCCCCAGCCCCCCGAGCUCAGCGGGGGCGAGGAAGAGGAGGAGGAGGAGCCCCCCGACCCCCUGGCCCGCCGUUCGGCCCCCGUCACCUACCGCUUCGGCUCGGCCGGCCAGGACACCCAGUUCUGCCUGUGGGACCUCACCGAGGACGUCCUCUACCCCCGGCCCCCCCUCUCCCGUGCCCGGACCCUCACCGGAUCGGCAGACGCCGGCGUCGCGGCCGUGCCGGGGCUGCCCCGUUCCCUCUCCCGUUCCAACAGCCUCCCGCAGCCGGGGGGGACGGGCUCGUCCCGCGUCCCCCCCCCCGACAUCCCCCCGGCCCUCAGCGUCGGCCGCUUCGCCACCCUGACGCUGCAGGACCGCAAGGGCCCCCCCGGCCCCGAAAAAGAGCACAAACGCUACCACAGUUUGGGCAACAUCAGCCGGAGCGGGGAGAAACCCCCCGGGGGUGCCGGCUCCCGGGGGGGGAGGCUGGACACGGCCAAAGUGCUGGGGACGGCGCUGUGUCCCCGGAUUCACGAGGUGCCGCUGCUGGAGCCCCUGGUCUGCAAGAAG